AGGCUCCGCCCCCACUCCGCGCGCCCUGCGUCAUCCGCUCCUUGCCCCGCCCAGGAGGACCGUCUGGCCGAGGGGAGGAGGGAGCCUCGCGGGCUGUUCAUGGUCGGAGGGGAGGCCGGUCACUGGCCUGGCUGGGUCUGAAGCGGGGAGGGCCGGUUGCCCUCUGGGUGCCCCCUUCUGCCCCUGGGGAGGGGGCUGGGCUCCCCCUGAAGGGUCUCUGCCGCUCCUCCAGGAAGAGAUGUCCGGAGAGACAGUGGUGAGCACCGCCGUGCCAGCAGCCACCACCCGCACCACCUCCUUCAAAAGCGGCAGUCCCAGCUCCAAGUAUGUGAAGCUGAACAUCGGAGGGGCCUUGUACUACACCACCAUGCAGACGCUGACCAAGCAGGACACCAUGCUGAAGGCCAUGUUCAGCGGCCGGAUGGAGGUCCUCACGGACAGCGAAGGCUGGAUUUUGAUAGACAGGUGUGGCAAACAUUUUGGAACCAUUUUAAACUACCUGCGCGAUGGCGCCGUGCCCCUCCCGGAGAGCCGGCGAGAGAUUGAGGAGCUGCUGGCCGAGGCCAAGUACUACCUGGUGCAAGGCUUGGUGGAUGAGUGCCAGGUAGCCCUUCAGAACAAAGAUGUCUAUGAGGCUUUUUGCAAAGUGCCCAUCAUCACGUCCUCCAAGGAAGAGCAGAAACUCAUAGCCACGUCCAACAAGCCAGCAGUAAAAUUGCUCUACAACCGAAGCAAUAACAAAUAUUCCUACACCAGCAAUUCGGACGACAACAUGCUGAAGAACAUUGAGCUGUUCGACAAACUCUCCCUGCGCUUCAAUGGGCGGGUCCUUUUCAUCAAAGAUGUGCUGGGAGACGAGAUUUGCUGCUGGUCGUUUUACGGCCAAGGACGCAAGAUUGCGGAAGUGUGCUGCACUUCGAUUGUGUACGCCACCGAGAAGAAGCAGACCAAAGUUGAAUUCCCAGAAGCCCGAAUCUAUGAGGAAACCUUGAACAUCCUGCUCUAUGAAGCCCAGGACGGCCGGGGUCCCGACAAUGCGCUGCUGGAGGCCACCGGGGGGGCGGCCGGGCGCUCCCACCACCUGGAGGAGGACGAGGAGCGAGAGCGCAUCGAGAGGGUCCGCCGGAUCCACAUCAAGCGCCCCGACGACCGCACUCACAUGCACCAGUGAGGGGCUGCGUCGGGCCAGCCCUCUCCCUCUGACUCAGCCGGCCUCCGGCUUGCUGCCUGGACUGUCCUUUUCUACCUAGAGUAUUUUCGGUAUUCAACAAUGCAGCGUGUGGCACCCAAACGGAUUGUCCCCCCGGUGACUGAGUUCGGGGUGCAGAUCCCGGCCUUUGCAGCACUUCUGAAUUCAGCCUGUUUCGGGUAGCCUCCGUUUGGCUUCAGCCUCUCAGUCGAGUGGGCUCCUCCAGGGGAGGUUCCUGGAUGAGCCUUCAUCCCCAGGGAGAAAAGCUGUGGCUAAGCCCCCUGGCCACCCAAGGAGGGGAGCCUGCCAGGGGAGGUGUUCCCUCUCCUGUUGCAGGAGGGCAAACGGGUGGGAACGUCCCGUUUCCUUCACUUUCCUCCCCAAGGAUGCUGGUUCCCAUCUUGCCUUCUGGGAGAUGUUGCAAAGCGUGCCUGUGGCCCCCUCCCCACUCGCCAGCCCCAUCUUCUGACCCAAGACCAAAGGCUUCAUCUUCCCAGCAAUGACCUUCUUGCCGUGUCUGUGUGUGACUCCGUCUCCUUCAUUCAGAGGCCGAUAUUCUGGGACCAGCAGGCUCAGCCCGGCUGUACCGUCGUAAAUUAGAAGCCGUAGAACGCAAGUCCCCAGCAGUGAGACCCCUUAGGCGUCUGCUCUCGGCCCCUUGGGAGUCCAGAAGAGGCACUAGAGCACCUUGGAUUGGAAACGGGGCCCAAGAAGGGAGAACAGCUGGCCGUUUCUGCCCGGGGCUUCCAUACCGUGUGCCAUUCCCACCCUCCCAUCCCGAAGCCCCCAUGUAGAUGAGAAGCACCUGGCUGGCGGGAAUCUACAGAAUCAAUCUUGCUGCAGCAGGUGGGGCGAGAAGGCCUUUUGUCCCUUCCUUCUUGAAUCGAUUUCCGUUGCAUCUCUCCAAUCCUUUAUUCCGUGGCAGAAAUCUUAUUUGUAAUUUAAGGAGCAGGAAAUCCAAAGAUUUUAAGUUUUGACUGGAGAUCGGCCGAGUUAAGAUGUUCCAAAAAGGCUGCAAACCAAAGUCCAGAAUUGGCUUAUUCCCGUCUCCAUUUAAGGAAAAAAAAAAAGAUUUGUCAGCUUUAUUUUGUGUGUUUCAAAGUCUAGGGAGGCAAAUCUGAGUAGCCCAAAAGCAACUCUUGAAAGAUGCUGCAAACCAAAAUGGCUGUGCUACUGUAUGUUAGUCGUUCAGUGGAUCCUUGGCUGCCUAUUAACGGCCUCCCUGAAAUAUUUAUUUUUCCAGAGUUGCACGGGAUUCUCUUCCUGAGCUGCUGAAUUGGAAAGCUUUCGGUUCACCCAGAGGAAGGGGUGGGGUGCCCUGAGUUUCCUCUCUCUGGCUGUUUCUUAGGGUGAGGGAGGGGCUCUUGGGCCAGGCUGGUAGAGAGGACAAUCCAUCCCAGGGAAAGGAACAGCCGUGCUGCUGAGCCCGAAUCGGUCAAGGGGACCAGCGAGGAAAUGUUUCUGGGGUGGGAUAACCAGCACCCCCAACCCAAGAAAGAAGAGCAGCUGCAAACUUUUGGUUUUUUAAGCAAUUUUGACCAGCCCCCUCCCCCUCCCCCAAGCGAGGGAUCAGAAUGGACCUUGGUUUCUAGACUGUCCUUGUGCAAUCCUAAUUCCAAAAACAAUUUCGGCCAAAGGAAAAUCCUACCCCCCAAGCAGUGCCUUUGCUUCCUGGCCUCAAGGCAGCCCUGGGUCUUGUGAAAAACAGACGGGUUGAAAAACAAGCCCCCUCCCCACCUGCUUUGACGCUCGAAACCCACCCUUGCCUUCUUUAAAGGAGUCUGUGCAGAAUCACUUCCUCCUCCUCUGUUGGUGUGUGUGUGUAAGCGUUUACGUGUUGGACACAGAUUUUAAAUACGGAAAAUAAAUUGGAUGUGUUUCCUAUUUCCAGCUUCUCUCGGCA